AUAUAACCCCCUCCAUCACAACACUCUUAAAUUCAUCAAUUCACCCUUAGCCAGUUUAUUCUCCAACUAUCUCUCUCCUCAACUCUCACCCAUAUAUGCAUAUUUUCUAAUAUUCUCUCACUCCUUUUGUUUAUUUAUUUAGCUACAAAAUAGUAUUGUCUUGUUUUCCGUACAACUUUCUAUUUAUAUACCCAAUUUUUACUUCACUUUUAUUCUCCUCAUCACAAAAAACUCUCUUUCAAAAAUAAUGGAAGAGUUGAUAAUCUCACCUUCUUCAUCUUCAUCUCUAGUUUCUACCACAACUCCAUCAUCAUCAACAACACAAAUGCUUCAACAAAACCUUCAGUUCCUUCUCCAAUCGCAACCAAGCUGGUGGGUCUACGCCAUCUUCUGGAGCACCACGAAGGACGACAAUGGCAACCUCUACCUAGCUUGGGGUGAAGGCCAUUUCCAAGGCAACACCACCGAACACACCAAAACGCAACAACAACACAACCAAAACGACGCCGAAUGGUUCUACGUCAUGUCGUUGACCAGAACCUUCUCCAUAGCAAACUCUUCCUCUUCUUCUCUACCCGGUAAAGCUUUUGCUUUGGGUUCAGUCCUUUGGCUCAACAGCAAAGAAGAGCUUCAAUUCUAUAACUGCGAGAGAGCCAAAGAAGCUCACGCUCACGGCAUCGAAACCUUGAUCUGUAUUCCAACCUCAAACGGCGUCGUUGAGAUGGGUUCUUACAACACCAUCCCUCAGAACUGGAACCUCAUCAACCAUGUCAAGUCCGUCUUCGAAGACUCCAUGGUCAACAACAACAACAAUAACAAUAACAAUAACCACUGUAACAAUAACAAUCUCCACAACACCGUUCAGCAAAUCUUCGAGGACAACGACGACUUUUCCUUCGCCGAGAUCAGUUUCAUGGCCGGUCUCGAAGAAGGCAGAGAACAAGUCAUUUCACGAAAGCAGGCGGACGUAACCGUCGCUUUCAACAAAGAAAGCAAGGAUUCGUACGCCGAGUCGGAGCACUCAGACUCCGACUGUCCGUUUCUGAAAACAGAAAACACUGAAAAUAAAAACAAAUCGGAAGCUCCAAAGAGCAAGAGAGGCAGGAAGCCGGUCCUCAACCGCGAAACGCCGGUGAAUCACGUGGAGGCGGAGAGGCAACGGAGGGAGAAACUAAACCACCGAUUCUACGCCUUGCGAGCGGUGGUUCCGAACGUUUCGAGGAUGGACAAGGCUUCUUUAUUGUCCGAUGCCGUCGCUUACAUCAACGAGUUGAAGGCCAAGAUCAAAGAUCUUGAAUCCGAGAAAGAUAACUAUCAGCGCAAGAAAAAGGUGAAGCUCGAAACCGGUGACACUAUGGACAAUCAAAGCACGGUGACUAAUUCCUCAACCGUAGUGGAUCAAGAGAAAUGUAGUAAUGGCGUUGUUGCUGAGGUGGAUGUGAAGAUCAUAGGGGACGAUGCCAUGGUUAGGGUUCAAAGUGAGAAUGUGAAUCACCCAGGUGCGAGACUCAUGGGAGUAUUGAGGGAUAUGGAGUUUCAAGUUCAUCAUGCUAGCAUGACUUGCGUCAAUGAAUUAAUGCUUCAAGAUGUUGUUGGAAAAGUCCCCAAUGGAAUCUUCACAAGUGAAGAGGGUAUUCGAUCUGCUAUUCUCAUGAGGUUGGAUCAUUAAUUACAAAUUUUCACAUAAUUAAUGUUUAAUUAAUUAGUUGUCUGAUUAGAGUGUCAGAAAUAAUUUUGCUAGAAUUUUGUUGUUAGUAUCAUAAAUAAAUUAAACAAGAGGAACACUUGAAAUUCUAGUGAUAUGUUUCUGGCUUUGUAGCAUUGUGGCGUUGUUUUUGUGAGAAAAUCAAGAAAUAAUGUAGUAUAAUUUAGACAUGGGAGAAUCAAUAAUCUCUUUGAUGUUGUUCAUAGCUUCUUGAGAGUCAUCAAUCUUGUAUGAAAGAAGUUCCAUAGAAAUGGUUGAUGCUUUAAUUUAGAUAAUCUUUUUUUUUUCUUUA